ACGGUGUGCGACGGCAAUAAGCAGAAUAGCAGAAAGCAGAAAAAUAAGAAACGAAAGAGAGAGGGUCACGUUUGAAUGUUGUUAUUACAUGAGUACAUUAUAGACAUUUGUGUGUGACAUUGUUCGGUGACUAAAUAUGACGUCUGCUAUUAUUGCUGGCUUAGGAUUAGCGGCAGCUGGAUUCGCAGGUCGUUACGUUUUAAAACAAAUGCCCACGUUAUCCCAGAAAAUGGCAGAAGCUGUCAAAAGCAUGCCAAAGCUGGAUUCACAAAGUUUGGCAAACAGUAAAUAUUACAAAGGAGGUUUUGAACAAAAAAUGACACGGAGAGAGGCAUCCCUUGUAUUGGGUGUAUCACCUACUGCUCCCAAAUCAAAAGUAAAAGAACAAUUUAAAAAAGUCAUAACUGCAAAUCAUCCAGAUCGUGGUGGUUCACCAUAUCUGGCUGCUAAAAUUAACGAGGCAAAGGAUUUACUUGAAAAAUGAUGAACUAUUUUAUAUAGAUUGAUAAAUUUAUUUGUUAUGCUACUCAAAUGAUUAAAAC